UAUCUUUUCGGACUCGGGUCAAGAUUCAAGAGUCCACACACCAUUACAGGAGAUUGAGAUGGAUUACAGCGCCGGAAAAGUCACCGGAAAAGUCACCUGCGGCGACCUUCCUCUUCUCAUCUCCUCAUUCAUCGACACAUUCAUCGAUUUCACAGUCAGCGACCUCUUUUUUCCUCCUCCUCUUUCUCAAGACCUAAACCCAGUUCCAUCUUUGUCCAAAUCGUCAUACCCCUCGCCGGAGCGACUUGUUGCUAUCGGUGAUCUCCACGGAGAUCUUCAGAAAUCCAAGCUUGCCUUCCGUCUCGCCGGUCUUAUUGAUACCUCCGAUCGUUGGAUAGGCGGCUCUACUACCGUUGUUCAGAUCGGCGAUGUUCUUGACCGCGGCGAUGACGAGAUCAAGAUUUUGUAUUUUCUCGAUAAGUUGAAGCUUGAGGCGGCGAAGGCAGGAGGUACGAUCUUCACCAUGAAUGGAAAUCACGAGACAAUGAAUGUGGAAAGCGAUUUUAGGUUUGUGACCAAGGGAGGUCUUGAUGAAUUCAAAAACUGGGCGUAUUGGUAUUCAAUUGGGAAUGAAAUGAAGAGUUUAUGUGAUGGAUUGCCUAAACCUAAGGACAUUUUUCACGGAAUUCCAUCUUCUUUUGCUAACGUGAAGCAAGACUGUCAUGAUGGAAUUAGGGCUCGGAUUGCUGCACUUCGACCAAAAGGUCCUAUUGCUAGUCGAUUUCUUUCGAAAAACUUCACAGUUCUUGUUGUUGGCGAAUCUGUUUUUGUUCAUGGAGGUCUCAUGCCUAAUCAUGUAACCUAUGGUUUUGAUAAGAUUAACGAAGAGGUUAGAGAUUGGCUAAUUGGAUUGAAAGAGAAGGUUUCACCAGAAAUACACAGGUCGAGUAAUUCUUUGGUUUGGUUGAGGAAAUUCUCACACGAAGCAGCUGACAAAUGCGAUUGUUCGACUCUUGAGCAUGUUCUUGCGACGAUCCCUGGUGCUAGAAGAAUGAUCAUGGGUCAUACCAUUCAGGUGAAGGGUAUCAAUACAGCUUGUAAUGAUCAAGCAAUUCGAAUCGACGUAGGCAUGUCGAAAGGAUGCAUAGAUGGAUUCCCUGAGGUUCUGGAGAUAGAAAGGAAUUCAGGGUUAAAGGUGCUAACUUCAAAUCCUUUAUUUCAGAACAGAGAUGAUCGAACCCAUGCUGAAUCUGCUUCAAAGGAAAGGUUUGGCUUUCUGAUCCCUGAACAUUCACCAAAACCGAUACAAGUAGAAGCUUAAUUCUUUUAGCAUGCAUUGUAAUUUAGAAGGCUUGUUUUCUUGGGUAUGCAUUAUUGGCUCAUCAUCACUUAUCAAGAUGGUAUCAAAACUGUGGUCCUUUUUACGGUAUUUUUCUGAUAAACAAACAGAUUCAAAUAUUAUUUCGAAAUGGUAAUUAAUGUAUGCACAAAAGAAUAUAUAUUUGAAAAAACCCA